GCGCGAUGGGCUCCCCCCGGCUGGGGAAUGAAUGAAACCGGCCGGAGUCCGGGGCCAGCGCGGGAUGGGAUCGGCCCUGCAGGAGCCGCUGCGGGGCCUGGGGGAGGAGUUCUACCGCGAGGCCAUCGAGCACUGUCGCAGCUACAAUGCGCGGCUCUGCGCCGAGCGCAGCAUGCGUCUGCCCUUCCUCGACUCGCAGACCGGCGUGGCCCAGAGCAACUGCUACAUCUGGAUGGAAAAGACCCACCGGGGGCCAGGCCUGGCCCCGGGGCAGAUCUACACGUACCCGGCCCGCUGCUGGCGCAAGAAACGGCGACUGAACAUCCUGGAGGAUCCACGUCUGAGGCCUUGUGAGUUCAAGAUUGACUGCGAGGCCCCCCUGAAGAAGGAGGGGGGGCUCCCGGAGGGGCCAGUGCUGGAGGCUCUUCUCUGCGCCGAGACCGGGGACAAGAAAACGGAGCUGAAGGAGGAGGAGCUGGUGCUGGACUGUCAGAAGCAGCAGGCGGGCGAGUUCCCCCACGACCUGGAGGGCGACGACCUGGAGGACGACAUCCCCCGACGCAAGAACAAGGCCAAGGGCAAGGCCUACGGGAUCGGGGGCAUGCGGAAGAGGCAGGACGCCACCUCACUGGAGGACCGUGACAAGCCUUACGUCUGCGACAUCUGCGGGAAGCGCUACAAGAACCGCCCGGGGCUCAGCUAUCACUACACCCACACCCACCUGGCGGAGGAGGAGGGCGAGGAGAACGCGGAGCGACACCCCCUGCCCCUGCAUCGCAAGAACAACCACAAGCAGUUUUACAAAGAACUGAACUGGGUCCCCGAGAACCAGCGCAGACACACAGCUAAGAAAGCUCCGGACGGCUCCGUCAUUCCCAACGGCUACUGUGAUUUCUGCCUGGGCGGGGCCAAGAAAACCGGCUGCCCCGAGGACCUCAUCUCCUGCGCCGACUGCGGGCGCUCGGGUCACCCCUCGUGUCUACAGUUCACAGUGAACAUGACAGCGGCCGUGCGCACCUACCGCUGGCAGUGCAUCGAGUGCAAAUCCUGCAGCCUCUGUGGUACCUCGGAGAACGACGACCAGCUGCUGUUCUGUGACGACUGCGACCGGGGCUACCACAUGUACUGCCUGAGCCCCCCCAUGGCAGAGCCCCCCGAAGGGAGCUGGAGCUGCUAUCUCUGUCUGCGGCAGCUGAAGGACAAGGCCUCGGCUUACAUCACGCUUACCUAGAGCCGCCUGCUGGGGGGGGCACCGUGACCAGAGCGAGAGACCCCCCCCCCCCGACUCCAGCACCCCCGGGGGGGGGCCUCCUGUGCAACCCCUCAGCCAAAAUCCUCCUCAAAGCCAUAACCGCAGGUGGGGGGUGGGGCCAGUGCUAGGCCUGGGUGCUCCGGGGGGGGGCUGCUCCCCAGAG